AUGGAAACCCGAUCCAGACGAAAGCGAGCAAAUGUUGGACAGGAACACUCGGCGGCUCCUCUCCCUGCGAUCCCCCCGGCGUCCCGCCCCGCGUCUCCUUCCCUAGCCGGCACGUCCACCAACUUCCCGUCUCCCUCUCUCACCAACAAACGGCGUCGGUCAAACCCUCCACCCCUCGCCCCCUCCACCGCCCCGAGUAUUUCCUCGGUUGAGCCCGCAAGCCAAACUACAUGGCAUGAACCCAAAAAGCUAGCCCAAACUCGGAUUAGCAGAUACAAGGAGUGUGAGCGUUCGCACGAGAAGUGUCUCACUAAGACACUUAAUGCAGCGUUAGACUGGCUGCCCGAAGGCGGUCGCGACCAACUGGCCAAUGUUAUUAUCGAUGUCGAAGAAGAUGAUGAGAUUCUCUUCGCAGUCUUCGAUAACUUACGGACUGCAUUUAUUGAAGCUAUUAGGUUCACUGGAAAGACUCCUGGGGUAACCCCAUCUCCACACCACAGCCGCCGGGCUAGCGUGGACAAAGUGGCUGCUAAGCUGCCGGACCCACAGGCCCGUUCUUCGACUUGGGCUGAAGAAUGCAUCGACCGCGAUAAUCACCGCUGCGUAAUAUCUGGAGCUUUAACAGAACUCGAGUGGGUGAAGCAAGGUGAAGUAGAGGGCCAGCUCUGGGGAAAGCUAGAAGUGCACCACAUAAUCCCCUUCUCAUUAGGGGGGUUUGAUAAAGAGGAGCAUCGUGAUGUCGCUGUUAAAUGGGCCUCGAUUUAUACCGCCUUUCCUCGGAUUAGAGCAAUCCGAGCUUCAAAAAUAAAUACUGUCGAGAACGGUAUCACGCUACACAACUUGGUGCAUAUCGAGUUUCAGGCAUUUAGAAUUGCCCUUGAACCAAUGGAAACUCCAAACUCCUACAGAGUGAAAAAGUACCCCCGCUUCAAUAGUGUGCUACAUGCGCAAAUCCCAAACGGUACCCUUAUCACUCUCCGGCAGGCGGCCGGACAGGACAAGCCACUCCCAGCCAGGGAUUUUCUUGAGACGCACUACCGCCUUUGUGAGAUUUGGCAUGCCUCUGGAUUUGCUGAAGAGUUCGAAUACAAUGCUAGGUGCUGGGACGACAUAAAGCAGGAGACAAAUGGUUGUGUCUUACAAGAAGAUGGAUCAACUGGGCUCGCUGAGAUCCUGGAGACUGCUUUUUCGGUGUUGCUCAAUAUGCAUAGAGGAGGGUAUCAUCUUGAUGUUCUUAGCAUUAUUCUUCUUUGUGUUUUAGCUUAUGUAUUAGUCUUGAAUAGUCGCUUCAUGAAGAGAUCCUCGACGAUAAUGGCAGAUAUCUCGUGCACUAUUGAAAAGUCUUUGUACGCCCCGCACUGGUGGCCGGAACCGAAAGCAAGUCGCGUGUAA